GUCUCCUCUGUCCAGAUAAGGCAGCCCCAUGACGGGGUGUGCUUGCCAGAGAGCAGACUCAGUGAGUAGGGGCAGGGGUGUGGGUGAUGGCAGCCGAGUUUGGAGACCCCUGGGGAUCCGAGGAGGAGGAAGCAGUGGAUCCCAGAGAAGAGACCCUGGAGACAAUGGGGAGGGGCCUGGAGCUACCAAUGCCAGGAAAGGUGCGGAAACACCAGCACAAACACAGCGUGAAGCACAGAUACGAGGUCCUGGGGACCCUGGGGAGAGGCACCUACGGCAAAGUGAAGCAAGCUACCGAGAGAGGAACAAACAGGAUGGUUGCCAUCAAGUCGAUCAGGAAAGACAAAAUCACAGAUGAGCUGGACCAAGUGCAUCUCCAGCGUGAGAUUGAAAUCCUGGCCCUGCUCAAGCACCCCAACAUUGUCCAGGUUUUUGAAGUCUUUGAGAACCGAGAUAAACUCAUCCUCGUCAUGGAGUACGCCAGUAAUGGAGAACUCUAUGACUACAUCAACAACCGGGGCCAGAUUUCGGAGAACGAGGCUCGAGGCUUCUUCCGCCAGAUUGUUUCAGCUGUUCACUAUUGCCAUAAGAAAGGUGUUGUUCACCGUGAUCUCAAAUUAGAGAAUAUCCUUCUGGAUGAGAAGCUGAAUGUGAAGUUGGCAGAUUUUGGACUUUCCAACAAAUAUAGCCAGGACCAGAUGAUGGAGACAUACUGUGGAAGCCCCCUCUAUGCAUCCCCAGAAAUUGUGAAGGGGCUCCCCUAUCAAGGACCCGAGGUGGACUGUUGGGCACUGGGAGUUCUGCUGUAUGCCCUUGUGUAUGGCAACAUGCCAUUUGACAGCAACAACUACAAGGUACUGACAGAGCAGAUUGGCAGGGGAGACUACAGGAAACCUCCGCAUGUUUCGGGGGCCUGUGGCCUGAUUGACUGGUUGCUGACCGUGCACGCCAAAGGCAGAGCAACCAUUGAAAAUGUGGCCAACCACUGGUGGGUGAACUGGGGCUAUGGCUUGGUGGUGUGUGACUGUGAGCCCUCCCCAGAAUGCCAGUCCCCACUGUUGGCCCGCUAUAUCGACGGGCAGAACGGCUUCCCCGAGGGCAAUUUCAGCCCAGGACCGACCUCUGGGGAAGGAAAACCUGGGGGUAACUACAAGGCCUGCCUGAGAAAGUCCAAGAAGGAGAAUGAUAUCCAGCGGCCCCAACAGGACCCAGCCUCUCAGGGCCCCGGCAGAAAGCCCAAGGGCAUUCUCAAAAAGAGGAGUAGUUUGGAUAGCACCUUCUUCCCCAGCCCCUCCUCGUCCCCCAACCUCGCCGAGUCCGAGGACGGAGUUCAUCCAGGACUACACCUCCUGGUAGUCCCUGAUCUCAGCCAACCUGAAACCCGCCUGGAGCCCCCUAAGAUGCCCAAGAAAGGGAUCUUGAAACAGUUCUAUCAGAGGGAAUCCGGCUACUCUUCAUCUCCUGAGAGAGGGGCUGCCUCAGGGGGCCCAGGAAGGGAAGGCCAUACCUCAGGCCACACAGCCAGGUCAGAAAGAGGGGUCCAGAGGCAGAAAGGGAUCCUGAAGCAGAAUGGAAGAUUUUCCACGAGUUUGGACCUGCCGCUAGACUGCUCCUCCUUGAGACUCUCUGACUCCCUGGAGGCCCUAAUUCUUGCAGGAGACGGGCAGUCCAGCCACCCGAGCCGACCUCCGAGUGUCAUCAGCGAUGACAGCUUCCUCUCUGGCGAUUCCUUCGACUUCACGGACGUGGCCACUGGGCCCAAAGGUUCCUUCCUGACCAUCAUGAGUGGCCGGGCCCUGGGCUUGAGCUCUGCUCCCAAGGAGGACCUCAACAGCCCAGACACCGUUUGCCAUAAUGCUCCUUCACGCCGAGGACCCCUGGAAAGCCUAGUUUUGGAGGGGCUCGGUGGUGCCCAGAGCGGCAGCUGACUUCCACUGCUGGCUCCGUGCCUCCUGGGAAAGGCACUGACUGGGACCCCAACCAGUCACAUAGCAUCUCUCCUGGUGUUUGAAAAUACUCCUCUGUUUUCCCAAUUCAGAGUUACUGAGUGAGGUCAUUAAGUUUGUGGUGAUCGUGUGGAGAAGAUACCUGCAGGAGUCGGCCAAAGAGCUGCUGAACAAAUGGAAAAGGGGGUUGACUAUUUUGGAGGCUGCCUAGAUUAAUUACAUGUCUUGCAUUCCAUUGGCGUGGCUCACUGAGUGUUUCUCAGACACCAUCUGAGUAGGAAGACCGUCCUAAUGGAGGCUUAAUUACCACCCAGGAGAGUGGUGUUCUCCUCACAGCCAUCUUUAUAUUGAAGUUUGCUGAAAGGCCAUUACCGCAGACUGUCUUGUUCAGAAUAACAUCAAGCCUCUGAGUGCCUGGGCGAAAACUACCCACUGGGAACUCAUUUAGCAUACAGUAACCAGCUCAUUAAAAUCUGAAUGGAACUCUGAUUGUUCCAGUCAC